UCUCUCUCUCUCUCUCCCUCUAUAGCUCUCCUCUGCGCAACAAUGGCGGAACGUCUAAGUCUAAACUCUUCACAGCUUCAUAUCGAUUCACUUGAAGGUUCCUUACUUUCGUGUUCAAGAACGGCUUUCUUUGAUCAUUGAUUAUGCUUAAUCUCAGUGGAGACAAGGCUGGUAUAGUUACUGACCCAAAAAUAUAAGAAAUAGGAAAGCGAGCUGGAUAUUCACCUUUCUAGAGGAAAACAAUGACUGAACGUGUCAAGAAACGCAAUUCUAAGUGGGAUUUGGUAGCAGAAACUGACGUCCCUGCUGAAAGACAUGAAAAUAUUUGGCCUGACAAAGCUGGCGAGUCCAUUCAUAAUAAAGAAUCAAGCUCAGAAUGGAAUUCUCUGAAGGUUGCUAUUAGUCAACAUCCAAGGUGGUCUAACAUGGAGGCAAACAAAAUUGGGGAGCAAUUACCUGGAAAAGGAAAUGCAGAGCAGGAUGAGAGUCCAGACAGAGACCCUAAUGAAAUAUCGCGAAGCACGACAAGAUGGGGUCGGGAUAAAAGUUAUAGCUCUAGCGUAUCUCCUGGUCUUGAUGCUUGGAGAGACCAUAAUCAAAGCCACUCUCCAAAGAGUAAUUGGAGGUUGCACAGGAGCAGGAGCAGGAGCAGGAGCAGGAGCCCGCUCCAUGAUUUUAAGUGGGAAUCAGAGCACUGGAGAGACAGAAGCAGAAGUGGAUCAGGAGUAUCCGCUCCGACAUGUAAUGAUUUUGCUGCAGGGAGGUGUAGGAGAGGUAGUCAGUGCAGGUAUCUUCAUCAGGACAACCAUGACUAUGGGGGUAGGGGGCAUUCAGAACGUGGUCGAGUGGAAAGAUGUAGAGGUAGGCGUGAGAAUGGUCCAAUUUCAGAAAGUGGGGGUAGCUGGGGAAGCAGGCAUGAGAGAGGAUCAUUUUCAAGGCAUUCUAAUGAUGAAGAGCCAAGAGAUUACUCCCGGGAUAUGAUUGCACAGGGUUAUCGAGACAGGGAGCAUGAGCUGCCCAGGAACAACAGAUCUGCCAAUCUCUGUAAUGAUUUUCUGAAAGGAAAGUGUUCCAGGGGAUCAUCAUGUAAAUAUGCACAUUAUGAUGUCUUAGGUGAUGGUCAUGGUGGAUGGUCUCCAAAAGAUGUGACAAGAGAGAGAGUACAUGACAGAAUGGAGGUACGUGAGUAUGAUCAUGGACGUGAACCCUCUAGAAAUAAUGGUAUUCCUUGCAAGUUUUUCGCUGUUGGAAAAUGCAACAAGGGGUCAAAUUGCCGGUUCUCUCAUGAUGGUCCAGGACGUUGCAGUCCUGAAGGCAGGUGUCAGGGUGAUAGGUGGGGCCAGAAUUUGGAUAAUGACAAGUCAUGGGGAGAUCCAAAAUGGGGUGAUACCACAGUGGCCCCACAUGUUACCAAGGAUGAUAGAUUGGGGCUCAUGACGGAUAACGAAGAUUCAUGGGGAGGUCCAAAACGGAAUGAUACAGCACCCAGCUAUGAUGUUGCCAAGGAUGAUAAGUGGGGCCAUAAUUUGGGUAAUGAACCCGAUUCGUGGGGAGGUCCAAAAUGGAGCGACACUGCAGCUGGGACUGAUGUUGUGAAGUCUCCUCACUGUAGGACUGACAAUGGGGAUGGAAAAGUUGGUUUUAAUGAAACAUGUCCUACUAAGAGGUCUGCAGAUGACCAGUGGGGCCAUAGUUCCGAUAAUAAGAAGGGACCAUGGGGAGGUCCAAGAUGGAUUGACAAAGCAGCUGGACAAGAGGGGUGUAGAUCUCCACAUCAGAGUGAAAAUGAUGGUGCAACCGUGAAUGUUCCUGAAUCUAUUGGUGGUAGCAAACCACUUGUUUCUGCUACUUCAGCCGCAGCGGAUAUCAUGGAGCAACAUCCUUUCUACAUUGCUAAAGUAGAACAGGGACAGGUUCCGCAAGAUUCACAAUCUCAAACUCCAAAUGGGUCUUUAUUCACCUGUGAACAGAACACGACUCAAGUAAGUUUACACCAACACCAACAUUCUAAUUUGAAAGGGGAUGCUGCUAUUGCAUUCCCCUGCACAGAGAGCAAUAUUCUGCCUAUGGUUCCCAUGCCUCAAAGCUUCAAUCAUGAUGGCCAGAAUGGAAGGGGUUCAGGCUUUAACCUGAUUCGGCAGAGUGAGCAAAUAGACCCUCCACACCCUCCAAGUGGACGAACUUUGGACCUUAGCGGGAAAACACAAACAUUAAUCUCUGGUUCACCUUCAAAUCGACAAGGUCAUACACCUUUUCAUAUGGGUGAGCCUAUUACUAAAUCAGAAACAGUGGAUGCGAAAACAUCAAACAUAACUUCUGUAGGUCCGCUUAAUCAUAACGUAGUGACUAGUGAGCGGGUUGCUCACAUAACUACUAACCUUUCAGCAUCAUUGGCUCAGAUUUUUGGAAAUGGGCAGCAGCUUCCACAAUUAUAUGCUGCUUUAAACCCCCUGAAUUCUAUAGGCAUGGUCCCUUCCCAGCCAAAUCCUGCAGGAACAAGCACAACAGUUACUUUACCAUCCAAUGAUCCUAAUCAAACCACCUGGUCUCAAAAGCCAUAUGAUCCUAUGGGUGCUAGCAUUGAAUCAAACAGGCCUGACAUCAAUGAUCAACCCCCAUUGUUCUCAUCAAGUCCUGUUGAACGGAAUGAAGUAGCUGAUCAAAUGCCUUUAAAAAGUUCUGCUCCAUUAUCUCUUAAGAAUGACUUUUCAGAGGAAACACUUAAGAAUGAGUCUCAUGAGUCAAAGCAGCUGGAGCCACUUGCAGCAGGUGAGGUUGCGGAAAAGAAUGAGGUAACUGAUCAGAGAAAGAAAGAGCAGGUAAAUGGUUAUCCAGAGGACAUGGAUGUCGAUGGUCGGGUUGAUGAAGAAUGCAAAAGUAGCAAGGAUGUGAAGGGUAUGCGUAUGUUUAAGUUUGCACUAGUGGAGUUUGUUAAGGAGAUUCUAAAGCCCACAUGGAAGGAAGGACAAAUGAGCAAGGAGGCUCACAAGACCAUAGUGAAAAAGGUUGUUGAUAAAGUGACUGGGACUAUUCAAGGGGUUCAUGUCCCUCAGACACAAGAGAAAAUUGAUCAAUAUCUGUCAUAUUCUAAGCCAAAGCUUACUAAACUUGUACAGGCAUAUGUGGAGAAGUAUCUGAAGAGUUAAGACUGUGCUUGAAAACCUUAAUUUUUAUUCGUUCUUUAUGUCAAACAUGAUAAUCUGUUAAAUUGUUGGAAACUUUCUUGUAUAUUUUGGUCUGAGCCUCCUAGAAUGUAGAGGUAUGAUUUUGUUUAUCCCCAUUUUAUACAUGUGCUCCCUGAAUUAAGUUGGCUCUCUUUUUCUGCAUGUAGAUAUUAUCCAAUGCUGAUCCUUAUUGUUCAACGAAUUAUUUGGGGCUCAUCUUUUUUUAGAUAAUGCUACUUCUUUCAGUGAAUGGAGAGUCUUGUUUU